AUACUGAAGGAGGUUGAGAAAAGUGAGGAUGACAGUGAACAAGUCUGCCAAGACAUCCCUAGAACCUGUUCAUCUUUGUCCACUUCUUUAAAUGGUCGUAGUUCCUUGUCCAGCUCUUCAAAGAGUCCUAGGUCAGAGUGUGAGUUAGAGAUCAACCUCCCUGGCACUCCCAUCCCUGACGAAGUGCCUUUUGAUCUGACCUGCCCCAUCGUCAGGAGCUCCUGCAUCGACACCAGGGUCUCUAAAAUGCCAGAGAUUUCUUCAAGUGACCUAAAGACAAAGAUGAUGGCACACACAGAUGAACCCCUGCAUCGUAACAGUCCAAUGACUGACAGCAGUCGACCACCGAGUGCAAAAGCCUCUUUUCGAUCCUCCACUCCGUCUUUCACCAGCAAGGGAACCUCUUUGGUACCAAAGGGAGAUGGGAUUGACAUUGAAGAGAAGGAGGAGUGUAUCCCCAGCAGCUCUGGACAUCUGAGGGAGCUCUUAAUCACCCCGGACAUCAGCAGUGCCACUGCAUUACCACUGCAGUACUUGAUGGACUCCAGCAAAGAUGAUGGCAUCUGUUUUGUCCCCAUACUGGUGAUAAGGUUGCUAUCGGAGAUCAGACCCUCAGCCCUAGAUGGACCCUCCCAACAGGCAGCAGAUCUGACAGAAACAUCUCAGCAACUCAUCAGACAAGUCCUGUCUGAGUUCUGUGCUGCAUCCAGAUUCUCCAGGACAAAGGCAUAUUCGCAGAACCUGAACAUCCAAAGGGUGUUCAGAGGUGUACAUAAAAACCUCAUGGAGGAGUUUGGCUCUUAUAACACCCUGCAAGCAGCUCUUUCCUCCCAGGACCCUGCAUUUGACAGAGUCCUGGUAAAGUCCUUGACCCAGCAGCUGGUACAGGGAUGCAAGGAGGCGUCAAGACCAGCUUCUGCUGCAACAAACCCAUCAGACCAGGCUGAGACAGAGAGGGGGGCUGAGCAGAAAGCAAGAAGGAGCUUCCUUUGCUUUUCAAUGACCAAACUCAGGAUCAACUUCAAGCGUUCCAAGAGAGGAAACAAAAAGGACUGCCAUUCAGUCCAGGAACAGACUGAGAUUCCCUCUACUGACGGACAUUGCAUAGAGCGUGAAAUGGGAGGAUCCCCGGAUGACCAAAAUAAGGUUGUGGGGAAUAUGAAGGAUGAAACAGAGACACAUGAGACCAACAAGAACAGGACAGGAGGCAAGGCUAAACGUAAGUCCAGUGGCCGUGCCAAGAAGACUUCCGUGGAGGAGGACAGCAGCAUUGGUGCAGAGUCUUCUCAGACACCCGGGUGUGGUUUCCGGGAAAGGGGAUCUAUCAUUGAGCAGCUGGAGAAGGAGGCUCAGAGGACUCUAAUGCCUUCUCUCAAGAUUGAGACAUGCUGUGCCCCAAUCCUCCUCUCCUUCCUGAGGAGUCUAACUGAUGACCAAUGGAGAGUGAUUCAGCAUGGCAUGAAAAAUAACCUCACAUUCGAGCAGCUCUCCAUGCUGUGUCUGAAGAUUGUUAAAGUCGUGACCCAGACAGCCCUCCGCAUUCUCCUACCAGCGCUAGCUCGUAUCAUGGGGGUGAACCUGAGGAGUGGGCCAACCUCCCCAGAAUCCCAGUGCUCUCUGAUAGGGUCUGAGGAUUCCUUAGGCAGUCUGGAUGAGAGAGAGAAAAGGCUGCUGAUCAGUGAGAUGAACAACUGGACUAAGGAGAGUGCAGGGUGCCGCCAAAAUUCCACUCGCAGAACCUCAUCACCAUGCUGUUCGCCUAAGAGGUCCCAGACCUCAUUGCAGAGCUUGCCUGCAACUAGAGAGGCUCCCCUCAUGGAGGAGCCUCUGAAGGCUCUUUUUGGGGUAACGGAAGAGAGCCUCCUGAUAUCCCUGGUUGAGGGUCACUCCAACCCCACCUCCUCCAGCUCCUCCGAGUUGAGCUGUGCUAUCGUGGGGGGAGGUGGUACACCAGCUUAA